AUGUCGUCUCAAGCUCCAGUCCCAAUUUCGAUACCAUCAACCUAUAUCCGUGGUGGCACUUCGAAAGCACUCUUCUUUCACGAUCGAGAUCUCCCACCACCAGGCAAACUCAGAGAUGCUCUCUUCCUCAGAAUCAUGGGAAGUCCCGAUCCUAUGCAGAUCGAUGGGAUGGGCGGAACACACAUAGUCACUUCGAAGAUUGCAGUCAUAGCGCCAUCACAACAUGAACAUGCCGAUGUCGACUACACAUUCUAUCAAGUCAGUACGGAGAAUGCAAUCGUCUCUAGUACUGGAAACUGCGGCAAUAUAUCCGCAGGUGUCGGUCCAUUUGCUAUCAAUGAAGGCAUCGUGCAGUCCUAUCGGGAGGGCGUGAGUCCUGACGGAGGAAAGACUCACACCCAAGAGAUACGGAUCUACAACACCGGAACGAAGAAAGUAAUGAGAUCUCACGUGCCACUUGACGACAAGACUGGCAGGGCGCGUGAGCUGGGUGACUACGCUAUUGCUGGCUGUCCAGGCACUGGUGCUCCAAUACUGAUGGACUAUCGUGACUUGGCUGGUGGGACGCUCGGGAAGGGGCUACUGCCAACGGGCAAUGUCGUCGACCAUCUGAAACUCGGGGAGAAUACUGUAGAAGUUACUACAGUAGACAUCGGCAACUUGAUUAGCUUUGCCAAUGCGGAGGACCUUGCCAUAAGCGGCGGAGAGAAGGCACUUGAUCUCACCAGUGACAAUGCUGUAAUCGAAAGGAUCAAACGCUUACGAGGCUUUGUCGCUCAGAAACUUGGACUAUGUCAACACCCGGAGAAUGUGGACGAAGAAUCACCCAUGGCACCUAUGAUUGUUUUGGUUUCGAAACCCAGUGAUCACGAAGCACACGUCCAGUCCCGCCUAUUCUUGGACAACAAAUGUCACACGGCUAUGGCAUUGACAGGAGGGGUUGCAACUGCUGCAUGCGCAAAGAUCAGCGACUCCAUCGUCGGCAGACUGCUGGAUACCAAAGGCACAAAGACGACUACUUUCAAAAUCCAACACCCAGGAGGUAUCUUACCUAUCUCAGUAGAAGCAGAGUAUUCGCAUGACAGCGGACUGCCGACUUUCAGAACAUUGUCAUUUGUGCGCACAUCUCGAUAUCUAUUCAAGGGUGAUGUCUUCAUUCCCGAGGACUUUCGGCAGAAGUAUGAUUCAUUCAGCAUUAAUGAUAUCGAUGACAGGCACAGCUCAACAAAUGGUGCGGUGCCUUCAAAGCCCUACCUCAAUGGUACCAGUGGCCCCCAAUAUUCGAACGGAGUUGUCACCAAUGGCCACACCGACAAGGGUAGUGAAGUUGCAUCGAACAUUACAGAGCAGCUCGUCAACUUUGUUGUGGACUUCACCCCAGAUGAUGUUACCCUUGAAUUGCGAGCUAAGUUUUCUCAGCUGCUACUGGACUACAUCGGAAUGGCUGUCUCAGGAUCAAAAAUCCCCGAGUCUAGCAUCCCUUUCCAACGGGCCGUGAAAGCCAUGUCACAUACGAGUCUAGGGAAUGCCACUGUAAUUGGAACAGAUUUUCGAUUGCCUCCUCAUUAUGCAGCUCUUUUGAAUGGUGCUCAUGCCCACAGCUUGGAUUUCGAUGACACCCACAUAGAAGCUGUUCUUCACCCUGGUGUCACUGUUAUCUCUGCUGCAUUUGCAGAAGCGGAGACUUCAUCGUCCCGAGUGGAUGAUUUUUUGGCAGCCCUGGCGGUAGGCUAUGAGCUGACUUGCCGCCUGGGUGUGGCUGUCGGAAGCACAGGCUAUAAGCGAGGCUUUCAUAACACCUCAACCUGUGGUAUUUUUGGUGCCGUGGCGGCUAUUGGAAAGUUGCGAAAACUCGACGCUUCGACUCUGCAGCAAGCCUUCGGAGUCGCUUUGUCCAUGGCGGCAGGAUCGAUGCAAUAUUUAGAGAACGGAUCAUGGAACAAAAGACUCCACCCUGGACUGGCUGCAAAGAGUGCUUUCGAAGCUGUCAUUUUCGCAGAAGCGGGUGUCUUGGGAUCAGCGUUGCCCAUUGAAGGUCAAUUUGGCUUUCUUCACGCAUAUUCGGGGGACUACGAUGCAACCAAGCUAGUGAAAGGGUUGGGCAGCGAAUGGUCUCUGUUGAAAACUGCUCUGAAACCAUAUCCAGCAUGUCGGAUGACUCAUGGGAUGAUCGAGCUUGCUGAUCAAUUAGCUGAGGACACAAGAGAUGGAGACAGCGUUGAGUCUAUCAGGGUCAAAAUAUCUGCGACUUGUUUCCCAGUCGUUGGGGAACCGACGCCGAACAAAAUUCAUCCGCAGAAUAUUGUCGAUGCCCAGUUCAGCGUCUACUAUCAAAUUGCAGUGUCCUUCCUGUAUGGUAGCAACCUUGGCUGGUCGGUGUAUGAUUACUUGCAUGAUGAGAAAGUCAAAAUCCUAUCGGACAAGAUCACCGUGGUAGUUGCAGAGGUGCCCAAUCCAACUGCAACCACAUUAUCAGUGACGAAAACCAAUGGUGAUUUCUCUGAAGCGUCCUCGGAGAUCCUGCUGUGGGAGGAAGAGCGACCCGUUACAUGGUCCAGUCUCGAGAGAAAGUUUAAGGGCUUGACUUCUGGCUUGCUCGAUGGAAAAAGAAUCGAUGGGAUCAUAGAUUGGACAAAACAUCUGUCUGAUCAGACGAUUGACAAUCUGAUGCUUCAGGUUCGUCUCUAA